AUGUCAAGAGGAGCACUGCGCGUCUGGCUCGUCCUCGCUCUCCAGCUGCGCUGCGUCACCUGGCUGCUGGCCGGCCCGGCGGGGACCCGGGCGGGCUCGGACCCAGACAGGAAGUUGACGGAGAAGCUCGGCGCCUUGUUCAAUUGGAAGGAUCUGCUGCUGGCCGCGGUGGUGGCCCCGCACAAGAAGGCGCCUCAAUUCAUGUUAGAUCUGUUUAACGCCGUGUCCGUGUCGGACGGCACGAGGAAAAGUCAGAAGGAGAUUCUGGAAGGAAAUGUUGUGAGGAGCUUCGAGGAUAAAGGUCAUGAUGGACACAGAUUUCACUUUUUCAACCUGUCUUCCUUUGAAAGAGAAGAGAGGAUGAUAAAAGCUGAGUUCCGUUGGUUUCGAAGGAAACAGAAGUAUUUCUUGGGAAAGUCAUACAGGCCCCAUUUCUAUAAAGUGGAUUUGUAUGAAGUGUUGGAUAGCCAAGUGAAACCUUGGCGAGGAAACCUCAUCACCUCCAGACUCGUUCCUCUUUACACCCAAGGAUGGGAAAUCUUCAAUGUCACACAAACGGUUUCCAAGUGGAUUCGCAACAGCCAGGACAACAACGGCAUCCUGGUGGUGACUACGCUGCCAUCUGGGACUUGGAUGGACUCAGUGGUGACGCCAUCCAAGCUGCAUGGAGAGCCAGCUGACACUAAUGCCUACUUGGUUAUAUUCUCUGAUGAUGGGAGGACAGGAGCAUCAAACCGGUCAUACUUUGGACCAGCCCACCCUGCAGCUGCUGGUUCUGAACUCCACGACCAUCCCACUAGGAGGCGACGUGGAGCCCCAGGGACCCGACCCCGUGGCCACUCCCGGUCCUGCCAGAGGGUGCCCCUCUUUGUAGAUUUCGAGGAGAUCGGUUGGUCGGGCUGGAUCAUCUCGCCACGGGGGUACAACGCUUACCACUGCAAGGGCUCUUGUCCCUUCCCGCUCGGGGGCAACCUCCGAGCCACCAACCACGCCACGGUGCGCUCCAUCAUGCACGCGCUCAAGCUGUCCACGGACGAAGUCGAGGCGCCCUGCUGUGUGCCCGACAAACUCCAGUCCAUCAGUUUGUUAUAUUUCGAUGACGAAGAGAAUGUGGUUUUAAAACAGUAUGACGACAUGGUGGCUAUGAGCUGCGGCUGCCACUGAUGCCUCACAAAUUCACAACAAUGGGACAAUAGGUUAUGAGGAAAUGUUUCAAGAUGGUAUUGUUUUAGACCCAUGACAACAUAUUCCUCAAGUCAAGCUGAUCUUGUUUAGACUUUAGAAAGACAUUUUAUGAGAACACUUAUCAAGCCAAAAUGAAGUAGUGAAUUAGACGAGUACUACAUCCAUCCAGCCAGUUUCUAGACCUUAUCCUCGGUAUGGUUGCGGGUGAGCUGGAGUACUUUGGGCGGGCGGUGGGCUACACCCUGGACUGGUUGCCAGGCAAUCGCAGGGCACAUAUUGACAAACAACCCUUCACGUUCAUACCUGAGGACAAUUUAGAACAUGACAUGUUUUUGGAAUGUGUGAGGAAGCCGGAGUACCAGGAGAAAACCCACAUGAGCAUGGGAUGAACAUGCAAAAACCACAGGAUAGCCGAACCCCGGAUAUCAAAAUAAGUUACCAUUUUUGAAGCACAACAGCACUGAAGCAGACCUAAAAAAUGUUGUAUACAGUGUUCCCUCGCUAUAUCGCAGUUCACCUAUUGCAAAUUCAGAGCAUUGUGGAUUUUUUUUUUCAUAUUCAUAUCCCGCAUAAUUUGCAAUAACACAGGAUUUUGAGUGGAUGCUGAACUUUUUUUGUGGUAAAAUAAAUGCUUCCUCGCCUAAAACAUCAAAAAUGUUAAAAAUAAAUAAAAAAUAAUGAAAGCAUAUUACAAGGACUAAAAUGUACAUAGUGUACAGUACUACUGUGUAUUACUGGAUGUUUAAGAGUUGAAAAGAUUUUAAGAGUAUAGAAAGUGUUUAUAAGAGUAUGGUAAAGGUUAAUAAGUUUGUGGGGGAGAUUAAUAAGUCUAGGGAGCUUCAUACAGCUUUAAAAUAUGUAGAAAUAACCCAAAGAAUUAUGUCGUCGCUACUUCGGAUUUGAUCUAUUGCGGGGGUGAUCUGGAACCUAACCCCCGGUGAUGAAUGAGGUAUAAAUGUAUUCGAAUUGCAUUGCUGCACAGAUAUUCCAAAAAGAGAACUGAAUUGAGAAUGGUAGCACGUUGAGUUAGUGGUUAGCGCACCUGCCUCAAAGUUCUGAGGUUCAGGGUUUGAAUCUCAGCUCCAGCCUUCCUAUGUGGAGCAGUUGUGUGGAGAGAUAUUCUUCCUGCAUGCUUGCGUGGGUUUUCUCUCAGUACUCCUGCUUUCUCACAAAUUCCCAAAAUAUGCAUGAGAGGUUCACUGAAGACUGCUUGUCUAUAUGUGCUCUGCAAUUGACCAGCAACCUGUGCAGGGUGUACUCUGCCUGUUGCCCCAAGUCAGCUGGGGUAGGCUCCAGCUCACCCGUGACCCUAAAGAAGACAAGCACUAUAGAAAAUGAGUGAAUGAAAACUAAAUUGAGGAUGGCAACGCUCACUGUACAUCACUCCAUAGCAUAACAAUCCUCAGAUACCAUGCAACCAUGCCCUAAAGUGGCUGUGAGCACUGGUUGACGUCAUAACAGUCUGAUUGGACAGUUAGUAAGUGUCGUGAUUCUCUCACCCUUGAUCUUAGAGCAUACAUGUUUUGUUAAUAGAAGAACGAUACGCACAUUACGUUAUUUCAUUUCAAAAUAGCAUUGCAAUCAAUCAAACAACUUUACAACAUUAACUGUGCAUAUUUUGUCGGAAAGCGGCAAGAAAUGGCGUAAUAUUUUGUCUUUUCCAUGGGGCGAUUGAAACAUUACUCUUUUGUAACAGUGGUUUAAAAUAUCUGUUUUAAAUGUUGUUCUUAAAUGUAGUGCUAUUGUACUUUCCAGUUGGCUGUUUAGUAAUGGUAAAAUGAUUCCAUUCGUCUGUCUUUACGUAAUUUCACCAGCAGAGAGCAGCAUAGUUGUCAUGGUUAGAGUUAGUGUAACAUUGUGUUCAAACUCUUAGUUUGGUAAAAAAAAAUGUAUUUUAAUACAGAUUUUUAAUUGUUGAGGUGCUGGGAUAA